AUGGCUACGUCACCGCAUCUUCGAACACAGAGGCACCUCCUUCAGAACUGGCCUUUCGCUGAGCAAACCAUCCUUCUCAUCAAUAACAGAACAUUCACCAUUGAGAAUGAAGGCUUGUGUGAACCUUCGAAACGUUUGCUAAAAAAAUAUGAUGAGAUUCUUCACGGCCGUGUUGAUAUCCCUCUUCGUGCUUACGAUUCGACGCCUGAUGGAUUGGAAACAGCUGACUUGACUGGAGAAUAUUUGCAUAUUAUUACUGUGUAUGUCGCCUUAAACUUCAGUUACAUUAUAGUGUUUACCGGCAUCACAAGUGAAUCUGUUAUGGCUCGAUUGUUCUCCAGAUUUAACACGACCAAUGCAGUCUACAUGGCACUCAGUCGGCUGCGAGACUCUUCCACAGCCGCCGCCGUAAUGGUGCUGAGCAUGAUGCUGGCCGUGACGUGGGUGGCGGUCGCGGCGCAUCUUCUCCAUCAGUACCACUUCCCUCCGCCGCUGCUCAGACACCAAAGCUAUAACAAAGCUGUACAAGACGUUCUCAACCGCCUGAGGAGCGAACACCUGCAAAACAAAAGCCACACUCGCUUCCCCUUCAGGUACACAAUCAACGAAAGGGGGCUCUGCCAUGACAAUGUGGUCAUCAUAAACAUGGUCCCAGUCCAUCCGCACCAGACUGAGGUUCGUCAUUUUAUAAGGAGUACCUGGGCCAAACCCACCUUAUUCCGUAUGUCGCGCAUGAAGACGGUUUUCCUGAUGGGGAGCACGGCCAUGGCCAACAUGACACGCGAGGUGGCCCGCGAGAGCGACACCUUCCAUGACAUCAUUCAGCUGGACUUCGAGCACCCGGCCGACGAAAUGUCCCACACGACACUCUCCAUGCUCCACUGGACGCUCACCUACUGCCCUCGGGCCAAGUGGAUCCUAAGAACGAGGGCCAACGUGGUCGUCAACACUCUAGCGAUGAGCGACUUCCUCCUAGGCAGCAACGAGGACUUCGCGUGCCUGAUGGCCGAGGAAGGCGUCUCGUGUCGCACGGGGCACUGCGGCGGCGGCGGCGGCGGCGGCGGGAACGGCGAUUCCUCUGACCAGCAGUCGCCACCGCCUCACUGCGCGCCCCACGCCUACGCUCUCAGCACCGACAUCGCCCGUGAUUUAUAUCUCUUUGCAAAUAAGACGCACCAACACCCGGACGAAAACGUGUUCUUCACAGGCACACUGCCCCUGCCGCUGCAGCCCACAUACCACCGCUUGAGGAGCGAGCAACUCCAAUUCGGCAAGACGGCCAUCUACAAGGAAGGCUGGAGCAAUCUCCCACUGAUGACUGUGGGGAACAUUCGCGGCCGAGCAGCGUAG